GGGAGAAGAGGCUUUUCUCCCCCGCUCCUGGACAAACAAACUUGCAGGAUGCGGCCCGGGGAUGGGAUAAGCCUGAGCUUUGCGUCGCAGCAGCGGAUCUGGCAGCUGGAGCAGAAGCUGCGCACAAAGCAAGAACGGAUCAUAGUGCUGGAAACAGAAAAUGCCCUUCUGCAUCUCAAGCUUGCAAAAAAUCAAGGAAUUAUUGGGGAAAUCUCAGGUGAAGAAGCAAAUGAUAGCUUUCCUUAUGACAAGCAGCAGAAGUGUCAUGAAAGUGUCAUAUCCGUUAUAAUCCAGCUGCAUGAAGCCAUCCAGAAACUGAAGCAAGAAGUGAAGAAUCUCCGUUCAUCUGCCCUCGCAUUCUCCAGAGAUGUCCAGCAUCAAGGCAAAACUUACCUUGGUCAGAUUUUGGCCACUGUCCAAAGGCUUCAGAUCCAUAAUGAGGCUAUGCAAACCUUUCAGACCAGAGCCUUUGAACUUGAGCAGUCCUUGCAUGAAGUAAAUGAGCGAUACCAGAAAGAAAAACAAAGGAGAAAAGUACUUCAUAACAGUUUAAUUGAACUAAGGGGAAAUAUCAGAGUCCAUUGCAGGAUCCGCCCACUGUUACCAUUUGAUACACCUCCUGGAGAGUCAGACUUAAAAGACAGGCAGAGAAACAUCCCAGAAAAUGUGGUGUGUGAAGCUGAUGAUGAAACCGUCUUUGUAAAAUGCAACCGUCCCGGUCAUGCUUUGAUAAACAGGACGUUCCAGUAUGAAAGAGUUUACAGUGCUUCUGAUUCUCAAGUGACAGUGUUUGCAGAUGUAGCCCCUUUGCUAACAUCUCUGUUGGAUGGGUACAAUGUGUGCAUUAUGGCUUACGGACAGACUGGAAGCGGGAAAACACACACAAUGUUGGGUCCACAGUCUGAGAGUAAUUUCACUUUCUCCAUGGAAGAUGAACAAGACUUAGGAAUUAUUCCUAGAGCUAGUGAAGAAGUAUUCAGACUCCUUUCAGAAAAGCCACUAGGAAGCCAUUGGGUUGAGGUUUCUGUCGUGGAAGUAUAUAAUAAUGAAGUCUUUGAUCUUCUGGCCAAAGACAGCUGUGGAAGAACGAGUAGUGUCAAAAGGGACAUAAUCACAAAUAAGGAAGGAAAAAGUGAUAUCCCACUUCUUACCCAUGAGCCUGUUGAAGAUGCUGUGGAGUUUUUGGAACUAGUUAAUAAGGGCUUACAACUGAGAGUCAAACAUCCGACACUUGUCCACGCUCAUUCCUCUCGUUCUCAUCUUGUGAUAACCUUGACAGUAACCACAAAGGCUGACUCAGAGGAUAACUUGGCAACUCCCUGGGCAGGUGACCGUUCUAGUCCAAAGAUGGGUAGAAAACAUUUCCUCACUUCUCCUUGCUCAGUGAAAGAUGACAAGCCCUCCUUUCCUUCUAGAGCUUCUUCUCCGAUGCUGUUUUUCAAUGAAUCUACAGAAAAACUUAAGCGAAUGAGAACAAAACUGCAGCUGGUGGAUUUGGCUGGCAGUGAAUGUGCUGGCAUGUCUGGUGUGACUGGGUCAGUCCUGAGAGAGACAUCCUUCAUUAACCGCAGCUUGUCUGCUUUGGCCGAUGUGCUUGGAGCCAUAUCAGAACAGCGCUCUCAUGUGCCAUAUCGAAACAGCAAACUUACCCAUUUACUUCAGGAUUCCAUAGGGGGCGAUGCAAAGUUGCUGGUGGUGCUGUGUGUCUCCCCCAGCCAAAAGUAUAUCACGGAGUCACUGCAAACCCUGGGGUUCGGAUCUCGCGCACGGCAAGUUCAGAGAGGGCAUGCAAAGAAAAGAAACCAACCAGCGCUGAGCAAGUCCAAAUAAGAAACACAACUCCUGUGGAUUGAAGCAUUAUUAAUGAGUUCCUCAGACUGAAAUGUAUCUUGUUGUCAUAAAGCUGAAAACUGCCAGUUAAAAUAAGCACUCCAUAUUGGCAAGCCCUAAAA